AAAUCCUCUCUACCCUGACACAGUACUACUGUGACCCUGAAUCAGCUGAAUCAUCGAAAUCCAGUGACCAGUCGACCGAGCCAUUUUAUUAAAAAAAAUCUUAACUCUCUAAUUUUAAAAUUGAAAUAUUUUAAAAAUUUAAAGGACUCUAACAACAACAAGUACCUAACAGAACAAAGAUAUAUGAAAAAUGGCGAAGAAUUUGCCUCAAGGAGAUAUCCUUAAAUUGCUUAAUGCUUUAGAUGCAGUCAGGGACGAUUAUACAUGUGGAUUUUGUUCAAAGUUAUGUUCAAAACCUGUUACGUUAAGCACUUGUUUACACAUAAUUUGUUCUGACCAUAUCGAAGGUCUGAAGAACUGCCCCAAAUGUAAAAUGCCCAUUAUUGAUAACAAAAUCUUCGAAGGUGAUCCAGAACUGGAAGCAUCUGUACAGGCAACUCAAAAACUUUGCGACAUAUUCAAAAGGUUUCGCACUGAAAAAACCAACAUAUUUGAAGGGGAGCCGCAUACGGGUGACAGUGAAAAGAGAAAACAUGAUAAAAAACUUAAAGGAAAAGUGAACAUUGAGAAAGAUACAGAUCUAAAUGUAUCUGCCCUAAGUUCAUCUUCGAAAACAAACAAAGAUAUAGAGAAGAAAAAUAUUAAAGGUGAAACAUUGCUGCAUGUUUGUAGCCGAAACGGAAAAGUUGACAGAGUUGUAGAGUUAUUGCGCCAAGGGGCGGAUCCCAACACUAAAGACAAUGCUGGAUGGACACCACUACAUGAAGCAGUACAGAAUGGCCACUUUGACCUUGUGAAGGUCUUAUUACAAUAUAAUACUCUUGUAAAUGUACCAGGGCAAUGUAAUGAGACUCCACUUCAUGAAGCAGUCAGAUAUAAUCACAAAGAUAUUGCGACAGAGUUAGUAAAACAUGGUGCAGAUUUGAAUGCUAGAAAUUGUAAAGGCGAAACUCCUUUACAAUUAGCUGCUCAAGACAUGAAAGUGGUUCUUACUGAUGCUGCUGAAAACUUAUGCCAUACCCAAGACUCCAUCAUAAAACAUAUUGCAAGUAAAUAUUCUGAAUUAGACUUUGAAACUAUUAGAUUGUACUGUUGCAGCAAAUCACGGACAGUUCUUAGCAAACUGAAAAUGUUAUAUAAAUCCCAUAGUAAUUUACACAUUGAAGCAAAGUUGAGUAAGAAAAUUACUCAUCUGAUUGUAGACACAAACGAUGGCGUUUGUGUCUCAAGCAUAGAAAUUUUACAGGGAAUUGUCAACGGCAUAUGGAUUCUUUCCUCAGAUUGGGUGAUAAAAUCAACAGAAUCAAAAUUAGAAAAAUUUGAAGCUUAUGAAGUUCAAGGUGUUGGUAACAAGAGUUAUAAAGGUCCUAGAAACGCCAGGUAUAAUAAAUACAAACAGUUGCCAGGCAUAUUUAAUGGCUGUCAUUUUUAUUUCUACAAUUUCACAACUCCAUAUGAAGUAUCUAAAUCGUUAGUGAUAACAAAGGAUUUAUUGAAUAAAUUAGUAAAUGAAAGUGGUGGUGUGGUGUUACGGAGAGUGCCUAAUCCAGAAUCUAUACCUGAAAUGGAAGCCUUAGUGCCAUACCAUGCUAAAAAGGGGGGAAAACUGGAAAAAUGCUCCCACUAUAUUAUUUAUAAAGAGAUGUAUGAACCUAUGUAUAAUAUGGCUCACAUUAAGGCCUUGCCAAUUGGUUGGUUUAUUGAAUGUCUAGAGAAAUAUGAACUAUGUGAGCCAUGGUGACAACCUUCUGAUAAGUGUGUGACGUAAUAUGUGAUAAAGUAUAAUUGACGUGGAAAUAAUUGUAUGUUAUGUAUGAUAUGCACAACUUAUUACUGAUUUGAAAUAAAUUGAUUUAAUUAAAUAACUUCUAUACUCAAUGUUACAAUAAAAUCAAAGAAUAUUAGUGCCGAUAACGAAAAAUAUCUAUGCCAGCUCUUUUAACCAAAUUGUAGGUGACAACUAUUCUACACAAGGGGGCAAAUCUGCCUAAAUACGAUCUAACGAAUUUAGGCCUGAAUGUUAGUUUGUUCAUAAUAUGUGACCUAGCUACUCAACAGUUCAAUAGCUAUAAUAUUUUUCAACAAAGAGAGAUCAAUAAAGUCCCUGCGAAUAGACAGUGACGAUGCUUUGUAAAAUUUUAGAAGAUCGGUGUAGGUAGUAACCAUUUUAUGUAUUUAUCCUUGUAUGUUAGGUGCCUUAAAUCUUCUCCCUCUC